GGACCUGGACUGGUCACGUGACGCCCGGCCCGGAAGCGCUCGCUCCCGAGACCCCCUGGUGACGGGGUCGGGAGCUGCUACCUGGAGCGAGCGCGGAGGUCCCGGGGGUCCCUGCAGUUUCUCGCUCCCUGCAUUCGCCGCCAUGGCCUGGACCAAAUACCAGCUGUUCCUGGCCGGGCUCAUGCUCGUCACCGGCUCCAUCAACACGCUCUCGGCCAAGUGGGCAGACAACUUUGUGGCCCCGGGCUGCGGAGGGAGCAAGGAACACAGCUUCCAGCAUCCCUUCCUUCAGGCAGUGGGCAUGUUCCUGGGAGAGUUCUCCUGCCUGGCUGCCUUCUACUUGCUCCGGUGCAGAGCUGCGAGGCACCCAGAGGGCAGCAUGGAUCCCCAGCAGCCCUUCAAUCCCCUUCUUUUCCUGCCCCCAGCCCUCUGCGACAUGACGGGUACCAGCAUCAUGUAUGUGGCCUUGAACAUGACCAGUGCGUCCAGCUUCCAGAUGCUGCGGGGAGCAGUGAUUAUAUUCACAGGCCUGUUCUCGGUGGCCUUCCUGGGGCGGAGGCUGGCGCUGAGCCAGUGGCUGGGCAUCCUUGCCACCAUCGCGGGGCUGGUGGUCGUCGGCCUGGCUGACCUUCUGAGCAAGCAUGAUGAUCAGCAUAAGCUCAGCGAAGUGAUCACAGGGGACCUGUUGAUCAUCAUGGCCCAGAUCAUCGUCUCCAUCCAGAUGGUGCUAGAGGAGAAGUUUGUCUACAGGCACAAUGUGCACCCACUGCGGGCAGUUGGCACUGAGGGCCUCUUCGGCUUCGUGAUCCUCUCCCUGCUGCUGGUGCCCAUGUACUACAUCCCCGCCGGCUCCUUUAGCGGAAACCCGCGAGGGACGCUGGAGGACACGCUGGACGCCUUCUGCCAGGUGGGCCGACAACCGCUCAUCGCCCUGGCGCUGCUGGGCAACAUCAGCAGCAUUGCCUUCUUCAACUUCGCGGGCAUCAGUGUCACCAAAGAACUGAGCGCCACCACCCGCAUGGUGCUGGACAGCCUGCGCACCAUCGUCAUCUGGGCCCUGAGCCUGGCGCUGGGCUGGGAGGCCUUCCACCCGCUGCAGAUCCUGGGCUUCCUCAUCCUCUUGAUGGGCACCGCCCUCUACAACGGGCUGCACCGGCCGCUGCUGGCCCGCCUGUCCAGGGGCCGGCCCCCCGCAGAGGAGGGCGAGCACGAGAGACUGCUCGGCGGCUCUCGGACUCCCAUCAACGAUGCCAGCUGAGCCUCUUGUGGGUUCUCUGCUGCUACCUGGAUGCGCCUUGUCCACCCUGAGGCUGAGGCCACACGGGCUGGGGAGCCUCCAGCGCCCCUUCCCUAAGGCCUCACCCUGCCCCUCCCCACAGACCCCGGGGCAGCUGCUGCCACAGAAGACCACCAGACACCCAGGUCCUCCUCUGUCACCACCCCCUGCAUCCCCCACAGGCCUGGGUGCAGUGACCCACUCCUGGCAGGCUCCCCCCAGCACCACCACCCCCCCUGCAGCCCUAGCACUAAAUCAUGAAGUGGGAUCGCAGGAGCUAACAACCCUAAGAUUUCCUCCUAAGCCAUAAGCUAAACGUGGUUCUCCAAAGAAGAGAGGUCAGUGAGCAAAUUCAAACCAGAACUAAGCACCAUAUUUUCUAAAACGUGUAGGGUAUUCCCUAACCCUGUCUGGAGACCUAAGUUUUAGCUGGGCUGUCCCAUAAACUCAGCGAAAGUUCCCUCAGCCCAUCACCUAGUUGCUCUGGGCCUCAGCGUCCUCCUGUAGAAAGCAGCGGGUGUAGACGCUGUGGCUUCGGUGCUUUCCAGACUCAGCUGGGCCCAUUCUGUGGGAAAGGAGUAAUAGCCGCCCCUUCUUGGGAAUUGUCCCUCUGCCCAUGGCGCCUCCUCCCCAUGCCAGUCCUGCUGUCCUUGCUCACACACUCAAGGCCUCCCUGCCUGGCAGAGAUCAUGAGGGGAGUUCCAGGCAGCCCUUAAUAGCAGCUUUUAUGAUCCCUUCACCUUCCCUUUUAAAGAUGAGAAAACUGAGGCCCAGAGAUGUGAGUUGUUUGGCAAAGGGCUCUCUGGCUGUGGGCUCUAGCCGUGCAGCCACGUGAUCCGAUCUGGCAGCAGGCUGGGAUCCGGAGCACAUGGACCUCAGCCCCACCCUCAGCAACCUGACUCCACCGAUCACCCUCCAGGGCGAUGAAUUUACCGGGACUCCACCAUUUAAAGUAACUCUGGUAUCCUAGGCAUGUGUUAAAGGCUUAACUUUUGCAUAACAGCCUGACAGGUGGAUGCAGAUGAGGAAACCGCUGGCCCAGAGAGGGUUAAGUGACUUCCUCACGGAGCCAGCUUUCCAAGCUAGGUUUGCCUGAUUCCAAACCUACAGCCCCACCCACCUUACUGGUUUCUCUGGGCAAUUUUCCCAUGGCUUGGUUAGAAGCUUCAUGUGCUGUUGUCCUCCCUGUAACCCCACCACAAAGGGAGGGGACUGGCACUGGGGACCCCAGGGAGCUGAGCAGCCCUUCAUUGCUGAGUUCCUCGCUCCGUGGCAGUUUCUGGAGCCUCAGACCAUUUUUCUGGGCAGCUCCAUCAUAAAAGAAAACACCAAAUGCCUUCCUUAAAAUAGAUUCUGGGGGAAGAGAUAUUUGACAAGCAAAGCCUUCAGGCAGUGUGGGAAUCAGCAGGUUAUUACGGUUUCUUGGGUGAGGAGGGACUCUCCCUAUCAGCAGCUCCAAGUCCCAGGGGCCCCCGAGCUUCUGCAGGGAACAGUGUGUAAUCAGAGAGUGAGUGUGCUGGGACUCCAGCUGCCCUGUCCAAAAAGCUGGGGCCUUAGAAUGUUUUAGGCUUUAUUUUUAAAAACAAAAGGGAAAUGGGCCGUGUAAGCUCUUUUUUUAUCUUAUUAUUAUUUUUUUUUAAUGAGAGGGAAGGAGCGCAAGGGUUAAACAUCAGGCCUGCCACUGACCGGGGUGAAUCACUUUACCUCUGGAGCUUGGGUCUUCACAUCUCCCAAAUAGGAAAACCAGCCUCCAUCUUGCAGAAUGAGCAUGAAAAUUACAUAAGAUAAUAAAUUGAAGGUGCCUGAAAGUGUCAACACACAGUGGAGCGUCCUGUAAGGCUGCGCUGCCCACCAGGGUGGCCCACCAGGGUGGCCCGCCAGGGGCACGGAAGUCCCAGCAGAGGCCCAGCACAGAGCAUCGGUCUUGCUCAGAGGGGAAGAAAGGUUUUAUUAAAAUUCAUCAUCAUGGA